AUGAGUACAAAGACAGAGAUCUGCGGUUUCUCCGGACACAUCUUCCACGCUGGCCACGGCCGUGUUCACAUCCGUGAAGAUAAGCACCUUAUGGCCUUCGAGUCCCGCAAGGCUUUCCGCAUGUGGGAACGCAAGCGUAACCCACGUAAGAUCGCCUGGACAGAGCACUACCGCCACGACCACAAGAAGUCUGUCGCUGAUACAGCUGCUACAGAGAAGCGCGCCCAACGCAAGAAGGCCACACGCACAUACGCUGGUGUUGCUAUGGAAGGUAACCAGCACCAGAUGGUUCAGAUCGUUAAGAAGCGCGUAGCUCGUAAGCCAGUUGCUAAGAAGAACUAA